AUGAAAAAUUAUAAUUCUUAUCACUAAUAUAGGUAAACAACAGUUCCAUCUGAGGCUUCAUCAGUUAAAUCCUAAGUGACUAUUUAAUCAUAUUUAACUGCAUCACCUGUAAUUAUAUUAGAAAUCUAUAAAUGAUUAGAAAUAACGAAACUAAAUUAUUCGAUCAUCUUUUAAAGUUUACUAAGAAAUGAAGUAAGAAAUAAUUUAGAAUCAAUAAUGUAAAUUAUCCUUAAGAUUUGAAUAAAUCCAUUUAUUGAUGGCUUCACAGAAGCUAUUCUUACAUUUAUAAAAAAUGUAAGCUUUUUAUAAUAAGCAAUAAAAAUAAGAAGCAUUUCAAUUGAUUCUACGAUUAGGUGCAAUAGAUUAUAGCAAUAGCAGUAGUAUAUUUAAAACUCCUUAGAGAAGUCAUUCUCCUGGGAUGGUUUCCAAAGAUAUAGGGUAAUAAUUAUUAUUAAAUAAUAUUAGAAUGGAAAAGAACAUUCAAAAUUAAUAAUUAAUAAAGAUAAUCUAAGAAUUGUAAUCUCAAAUUGCUGGUAAGGAACUUUGUAAAACGAUAUAUUUAAUUUAAACUAAGAUAAUGAGAGAUAGUUUAUACUAAAUAAAAUAACAAAUAAAAUUAUCAUAAAAAUUUGAGAAAAUCAAAAGUAUUUUGGAGGUCUCCUCAAAACGAUUUGCGUUAAAUGAAUUGAGAGAAAAGAAAAAUAAGAGCAAAAAGAUUGAAGCUGCAACUUUACUAUUGGCUUUUAAAUUGGAGAAAUUCAAAUUGAACAUUGAAUUUACUUUUUUUUACCAACUUAAACUAUCAUAGAUGAAAUAAUAACUAAUUACAAAAUAAUAGAUCUAAUUAAAACUAAAUGGAUAUAAUAUGGGAGAAAAAAACGAAAACAUAAAAUUAUUAAGAUUACAUCAGGUUAUUAUAAAAGUUUGUUACAGAUUUCCAUUUAAUUAAUUAAAAAAAAAUUAAUUUUAAUACUAAUAAAUAGAAUUAAAUUAAAGGAAUAGUAGCUCAAUCUAAAGAUUUUCAUUGGGACAAUUAUCACAAUAAGUAUCAUAAGUUUUGGAUGCGACACCAAAAAAUGAUGAACUAAUAAUUGAAGAAUAAGAAAUAUAUUAAUAACCAGUUGUUGUCUAAAAACCAAAAUCUAUUUAGAAAGGCAAUGGAAAAUUAGCUAAACAAAUAAAAUUAUAUAGUAUGAAUAUAUAUAAUAUAAAUAGUUAGCAAAUGUGAGGAGUAGAAACAACAAGUUUAAUAGUAGAAACUUGAAUAAAUGGCAAAAUCAUCAAAAAAGAAUAUUUAGGAUGAAUUAGAAUAGAAAAAAUAAAAGUCCAAAUCUAAAGUUUAAAGUAGGUUAUUUUUAGUGGCAAUAUUUGUAUUUGUAUUAAUUUUUUUAUUUCAUAUAAUAAAUUGA